AUGCUAAUAUAUAACACGCGUAUAUGUUCCAUUGAUUCUCAUUCAUCCAACAAAAUCAAUACGCAAUAUAUUCCUAUCUAGCUAUGGACGCAAGUGCAGCAAUCAACACCAGUACCUUUCAGCCGGCUUCCGAUUUGAUACAAGAGGAAGAUUGCAACACUCUCCUCCUCUAUCUCCCUGGAUUCACGAAAGAGCAGCUGAAAGUGCAGCUAAAGACAACGAGAGUCGUGAAGAUCAGCGGUCAGCGCCUGCUGCCAAACAACCGGUGGAGUAGUUUCCAGAAGGAUUUCCCCGUCCCCGAAAACUGCGAUACCAACAAAAUAACCGCCAAAUUCGAGGAAGGAAUAUUGUACGUGAGGCUGCCCAAAGAGGAGAAGAAACUCGCACCUGCAGAAGCUCCGCAACCGCCUAAACCGGCGGCGAAACUAACGACGCCGCCGGCUCCUGCUGCGAAGAUCGAUCCGCCUCCACCGCCAGCACGUCCACCAACACCAAUUAAAACGCCUAAAACUAGUGGUGAGAUCAAGCAGAGUAGUGCUCCAAAAUAUUCUCCCGAAAAACCAGCUGAGAGCAGAGAAGAAACGAGAUCUGAUAAGAGAAGACGUGAGGCGGAUGGCGGCGAUCGGAAGGCGGAGAAGCGCGAGAAAGGCUCGGGAAGCGGCGGCGGAUCAGGUAGAGUUGAAGCGGAUUACAACAAGCUGAGCGCGGAGAGCCCUGCGGCGAGAUUGAAGGCUGCGAGGGGGCGGAUUAAGAAUAUUGUGGUGCUUCUCUUCGUAUUUGGGCUUGGGAUUUAUGUUAGCAACUUGCCAUGGUUUUCAAAGAGAGCUCAGGACUGAAUUUGUAACUGUAGUGAAUAAAAGGGGGGAAAUGUAAUUUGCUUAUAAACUCAUUAUGUUAGAAAACUUACUUUAUUAUAUUUCAAUAUUCAUGUCAUUUUACAA